CGGCGUGCUUCCACGCUUCGUUUCCAGCUCCUCCGCCUACGAGUGAUGUUGGCGGAGGACCGGGAGUGAGAACACCGGCUACCCGGGUUCUGUUCCUCUCGCUUAGUUUCUUCCUGUGUUUGGUGGCGCCUCUAAGAGGCGGGGCUUGGAAAGGCCACACCUCCUCGCACGGCCCCUCCUCGACCCGUCCCGGGGGCCUUUUGCUGGCUGGGAGAAUCGAACCGCCCUGAACCCGCUUCCCCGCCACCCUGUUGCAGGAAGCUAGAAGGGGAGAGUCUCGACACUUGUCCUCCUUCCCCAGUAGCGAUCGUACUUCCAGAGCUGAGCGUGCUUGCUCGGGGUUCCUGUCCCGGGAGGACUUUGAGAAAGGAAUGUCUCAAGGCACUUAACAGCCCCAAAGUAAGUCCAAAUAGCAGACUGAUCAAUUAAUACAGGACAUAACACCCUCUUUUCCUGUGUUUAUUAACAGCUCACAUCAGACUCCUAAAAAGAUCACCUCGUUUUACCGUAUUUUGGCUGUUAAGCUGCUUCAACAACAGUGAGUAUCCGCAAAGCCUGUUGUGGACUGGUAGAAGAAUGUGUGUCUGACCAUUUGGACGAAUCUCAGUCAUGUUGUCAAGCUGCUUGCAGAAUUUCCUAAAAAUUACAAACCCUCACUGCCAGUAUUCGCGGUUAUGGCAGAAAUUAAUACGAAGCACACGUUUUUUUGGAACCGCACCAAGGCCCAGAUUGCGUAGGCGGGUUGUCGUCACGGGCAUUGGCUUAGUGACUCCUCUCGGUGUUGGGACCCAGCUGGUGUGGGAUCGGCUUAUCCGGGGACAAAGUGGAAUCGUCCCACUGGUGGGCGAAGACUAUAAGAGCAUCCCUUGCAGUGUUGCUGCCUAUGUGCCAAGAGGUUGUGAUGAAGGGCAGUUCAGCGAACAGAACUUUGUGUCCAAAUCGGACAUCAAGUCCAUGUCUUCUCCCACCAUUAUGGCCAUGGGGGCUGCCGAGUUAGCCAUUAAAGAUUCCAACUGGCAUCCUCAAUCAGAAGCUGAUCAAGUGGCCACGGGAGUUGCGAUCGGCAUGGGAAUGGUCCCUCUUGAAGUUGUUUCUGAAACUGCACAGAUGUUUCAGACAAAAGGCUACAAUAAAGUCAGCCCAUUCUUUGUCCCUAAAAUUUUAAUCAAUAUGGCAGCAGGCCAGGUUAGCAUUCGAUAUAAACUCAAGGGUCCCAAUCAUGCGGUUUCCACAGCCUGUACCACAGGAGCUCAUGCCGUGGGAGACUCCUUUAGAUGGAUAGCCCAUGGCGAUGCUGACGUGAUGCUUGCUGGAGGUACAGAUUCUUGCAUUAGUCCGUUAUCACUUGCUGGGUUUUCCAGAGCCCGGGCUCUGAGCACAAACCCUGAUCCUAAGUUGGCAUGUCGACCAUUUCAUCCAAAGAGAGAUGGUUUUGUAAUGGGAGAAGGAGCAGCUGUGUUGGUGCUGGAAGAACAUGACCAUGCGAUUCAAAGAGGAGCCCGGAUAUAUGCAGAAAUUUUGGGCUAUGGACUUUCUGGUGAUGCUGGUCACAUGACAGCACCUGAUCCUGAAGGAGAAGGUGCCUUAAGAUGUAUGGCAGCUGCUCUAAGAGAUGCAAAUGUCCAACCUGAGGAGAUAACUUAUAUCAAUGCCCACGCUACUUCCACGCCCUUGGGAGAUGCUGCUGAAAACAAAGCUAUCAAGCAUCUUUUCAAAGGCUAUGCUCCCAGCCUUGCAGUUUCUUCUACUAAAGGAGCCACAGGACAUCUGCUGGGAGCUGCAGGAGCUGUGGAGGCGGCUUUCACCGCGCUAGCUUGUUAUCAUCAAAAACUACCACCUACUUUAAAUCUGGAUUGUACAGAACCAGAAUUUGAUCUCAAUUAUGUUCCACUAAAGGCACAGGAAUGGAAAACUGAGAAAAGAUGCAUUGGACUUACCAACUCUUUUGGUUUUGGUGGUACUAAUGCAACACUUUGUAUUGCUGGCAUGUAGGACAGACCAUUUAUAACUAAACAUUGAUUUUUUUAAUAUAAGAAAAAUAUUAAAUGGAGAACUUUUUAAAAUACAUUUACUUACAUGUCAAUACAUAGAUAUUUAUUACCAAUGUCAGAGUAUUUACAUCCAUGGAACUUGAUAUUCUGAGAAGUAAUUCUUUUUGGAGAAAUAAUAGCUAUCUUAUAUACUGAAGGAUCCUUAACAGUAUCCUGGUCUCUGCUAAGAUCCAAUAGCACCUCUUCAAUUGUGAAAUCAAAAAUCUCUUUUUUUUUUUCACACCCCACCCCACCAAAAAAUAUCUCAAUAGUGGGCCAGGUGGUGGCAUACCUGGUUAAGUGUACAUAUUACAGUGUGCAAGGACCCAGGUUCAAGCCCCUAGUCCCCACCUGCAGGGGGAAAGCUUCCCGAGUGGUUAAAUAGAGCUGUAGGUGUCUUCUCUGUCUGUCUGCCCUCUCAAUUUCUCUCUGUGUCUAUCUAGUAAUAAAUAAAAAAUUUUUUAAAAAGAUUGUAACCUGGUCCAGGAGGUGGUGCAAAGGAUAGGGCACUAGACUCUCAAGCAUGAGUUCCUGAGUUCAAUCCCUGGUAGCACAUAUACCAGAGUGAUAUCUGUUCCUCUUCUUACUUACUGGGAGCAAGAAUAAGUUUCCUAGAAGUGAUACUCAGCCAGUGAAGAGUGGGAGUAGGGGGACCAGGCAGUGGCACACCUGGUUGAGUGCACAUGUUACAAUGUGCAAGGACCUGGAUUCAAGUCCCUGGUCCCACCUGCAGGGACAGAGCUUCAUGAGUGGUGAAGCAGGGCCACAGGUGUCUCUCUGUUUCUUUUUUUUUUAAUUAUUAUUAUUGUUGUUGUUGUUGGAUAGGACAGAAAUGGAGAGAGGAGGGGAAGACGGGGGAGAGAAAGACAGACACCUGCAGACCUGCUUCACUGCUUGUGAAGUGACUCCACUACAGGUGGGGAGCCGGGGCUCGAACCAGGAUCCUUAAGCUGGUCCUUGUGCUUUGCACCAUGUUCCCUUAACCCACUGCACUACAGCCUGACUGAGUCACCCUGACCUUUUCAGAGGGAUGUCUAAGAUUCUUUUUUUUUAAUUUUUUUUUCCCUUUUGUUGCCCUUGUUAUAGCCUUGUUGUGGUUAUUAUUGUUGUUGUUGAUGUUGUUCAUUUUUGGAUAGGACAGAGAGAAAUCAAGAGAGGAGAGGUAGACACCUGGAGACCUGCUUCACCGCCUGUGAAGUGACUCCUCUGCAGGUGGGGAGCCUGGACUCAAGCCGGGAUCCUUACACUGGUCCUUGUGCUUUGUGCCACGUGCGCUUAAUCCACUGCACUACCCCCUAUGUCUAAGAUUCUAUACAGUUCCUUAGAGGGUUUCCUGUGAGAUCAAUCUUAAGUACUCAGCAUUAACUGAUUCAAUAACAUUUUCCCUUCUCUGUCCUUUUACUCUCUUCCAAUCUGUACUUAGCUUAUUUUUAGAACAUUUUACCUUCUUCCACUCUAUUUAUCUUACCAGAGCACCACUCAGUAGAUGAUGGCAUUGGGGAUAUUCAUUCUGGUGUAUGGUUUUGUUGGGGAUUGAACCUGUGCGUAACUCUUUUUAAAUGGACUUGUAUAUGUUUUCAUAUGUAUAUGUUUACUGUAUUACAUGUGGGCACAUGUUUGUAUUGAUCUACAUGUCCACAUAUAUGCAUAGGUAUACUUUUAGUAUUGAGAACACUAAACUGGAGAUUUAAGAAUUAUUUCCUGCGGUCUCUGUGCCAAGAGUAUGUCACUAUUUUUGGACCUAAAUCUCUUCCAUACUGUCUUGCUUGGGGAGGGCCUUUACUUAAGAACUUAAUAAAGAUAAUAAUGGAG